CUUUUUAAAGUUGCAGGGAGUGGAAGUAACGCACAGGUAAAAGGUCGAAGUACUUGAUGCCUCUUUCCAUUUCUUGUCUGUUUAUGUCAGCCACUCUCCUCAAACAAAUCGCCAACUCUCUCCCUGCACAAAAACAAUGCCUGAGAAAAUAACCUCAGAGGACUUUUUGAACAAUCUAGUGGAGACCAUUGCUGAUAGUGUUUCUAAGCAGAAAUCUGUGUCUUUUUUUGAGGAAGAGAAAUCAAACUCAGUUGUCUCUAGCUUCAGUCGGCUUUUUGGACGUCAGAGGCCUGUCCACCAUAUUUUGGGGGGUGGAAAAUCUGCUGAUGUUUUGUUAUGGAGGAACAAGAAGAUCUCAGCCAGUGUUUUGGCUGGUGCAACAGCAAUAUGGGUUCUAUUUGAAUGGCUUAAUUACCAUUUCCUGACUCUUCUAUGCUUUGCCGUGGUUCUUGCCAUGCUUGCUCAGUUUGUUUGGUCAAAUGCCUCUGGUUUACUUAACAGGUCACCUUCUCAAGUGCCACGCAUAGUUUUGCCCGACGAAUUAUUUGUCAGCAUUGGCAGGUCAUUUGGUACUGAGGUGAACCGAGGUUUACAGUUUCUGCAGGAUGUUGCAUGUGGAGGAAACUUGAAACAAUUUCUUGUGGUUGUUGUAAGCUUGUGGGUUGCUGCUGUUUUAGGAAGCUGGUGCGACUUUUUGACUGUUUUGUACAUUGGUUUUGUUGCGGCCCAUACGUUACCAGUCCUGUACGAGAGGUAUGAUGAUCAAAUUGAUAGCUUUGUUUACAAUAUUUUUGACCAGUUUAAAAGUCGCUAUAAAAAGCUGGAUGCUGGUGUCCUGAGCAAGAUCCCCAAGGGAAAGUUCAAAGUUAAGAAGCAUGAUUAGGUGCAAUUGGUAACAAUCAUUAGAUCUUCGGAGUUUCUCUAGCAUAUCUUAAUUUUGUUGGAGAUCCAAUAAUGCAGUUGCCAUAUCUGUAGAAUAUGUUUUUGAUAUGAUACUUGAAUAAAUGGUGUGUUAUUGUGAUAUUAUCACUUUGGAUAUCGGAAACAUCUUGCCAAAUUCAGCUGCUAGAUUUAGAAGUGACCUGGGUCUUAGUUGCACUUGAUGUUGAAAAGGAGAAACCCCAACCAGCUUAAAUCCUGCCCGAUAUCUAGAUAUGACAAUUUGUGUAUUCGUGUUGUAUUUAUGUCGUGUCCAAAUAUAGAUAUAAAACAAAUGAUUAAACAUGUCAAAACUUAAAAUCCU